AUGGCUCCUCACGCGGAAGUCGGCACGGGCUCCUCAAACGGGUCGGUAUACAACGGCCAAGGCUCCUCCGCUACCCAGGAUCUCUUCACCGUCAACUCACCCAACGUCACCUACACGGAUGCGGAAAUCCGUUCUCGAUACACCUACCGCACCACGAAGGUUGAAGUUGAUGCCAGCGGCAAAUAUGUUGCUACUCCUAACGAGACUCUCUACGACUUCAAGGUCGACCGCAAGAUUCCCAAGGUCGGUAUGAUGCUGGUCGGUCUAGGAGGCAACAACGGCACCACCGUUACCGCUGGCAUCCUCGCCAACCGCCGUCAGCUCGCCUGGGACACCAAAGAAGGUCCUCGCGAGUCCAACUACUACGGCUCCGUUGUCAUGGGCUCAACCCUCAAGCUCGGCCAUGACGCCAAGACUCACCAGGAGGUCAACAUCCCCUUCCACAACAUCCUUCCCAUGGUCCACCCCAAUGACUUGGUCAUCGGCGGUUGGGACAUCAGCAAGAUGAACCUGGCACAGGCCAUGGACCGCGCUCAGGUUCUUGAGCCCACUCUUAAGGCCCAGGUCAAGAAGGAGAUGGCGGAAAUGGUUCCCCUCCCCUCCAUCUACUACCCUGACUUCAUUGCUGCCAACCAGGAGGAUCGUGCCGACAACGUCCUUGAGGGAACCAAGGCCCGCUGGGAGCAUGUUGAGAAGAUCCGUCAGGAUAUUCGUGACUUCAAAGCCAAGAAUAGUCUUGACAAGGUCAUCAUCAUGUGGACUGCCAACACUGAGCGAUACGCCGACUUGAUCAAGGGUGUCAACGAUACUGCCGACAACCUUCUCAAGGCCAUUGAGCAGGGACAUGAGGAGGUUUCCCCUUCUACUGUCUUUGCCGUCGCUUGUAUCCUUGAACAGGCCCCUUUCAUCAAUGGCUCUCCCCAGAAUACCUUCGUCCCUGGUGCCAUUGAGCUUGCUGAGAAGCACAACGCCUUCAUUGGCGGCGACGACUUCAAGUCUGGCCAGACUAAGAUGAAGUCUGCCCUUGUUGACUUCCUCAUCAACGCCGGUAUCAAGUUGACUUCAAUUGCUAGCUACAACCAUCUUGGCAACAACGACGGCAAGAACCUGAGUUCCCAGAAGCAGUUCCGCUCCAAGGAGAUCUCCAAGUCUAACGUCGUUGAUGACAUGGUCGAGGCCAACCACGUCCUUUACAAGAAGGGCGAGCACCCCGAUCACUGCGUUGUGAUCAAGUACAUGCCUGCCGUCGCAGACAACAAGCGUGCCCUUGAUGAGUACUACGCCGAGAUUUUCAUGGGUGGUCACCAGACCAUUUCGCUCUUCAACAUCUGUGAAGACUCUCUCCUCGCUUCUCCCCUGAUCAUUGACUUGGUCAUCAUUGCCGAAAUGAUGUCUCGUAUCCAGUGGAAGGCCGUGUCUUCCGACGGCACUGCUACUACCGAAUACAAAAGUUUCCACAGUGUCCUGAGUGUCCUUAGCUACAUGCUCAAGGCCCCCCUGACCCCCCCUGGCACUCCCGUUGUCAAUGCUCUUGCCAAGCAGCGCGCUGCCUUGACCAACAUCUUCCGGGCUUGCGUCGGUCUUGAGCCUGAGUCUGACAUGACUCUUGAGCACAAGCUUUUUUAG